GCAAAAAUGCAAGCGACCGCUUCACGCCCCCAGAUCCCAACCAGGCCACCUGUCCCGCCGCCCUGUCCCACCCUCUCCUCACCCCCGUCCCCCGCCCUUUCCCCCGCGCCCUCCGCGUCCCAGCAUGCCUACCUGCAGGCGCAAACGCGUGGUCCUCAUAGAGCCCUCUCCCGAGCUCCUCCUCGCCGCAAAGGCCAACCCCAACAAGGAGGUCUACUUCCUCACUCAAACCGGCGAGAUCUUCGAGACAUACGAAGCCUAUGCCGCACGCAUGUCAUUCUAUCGCCUCAAACACUUCCAAUGUGAGGUCACAGGCAAGAGUGGCCUGGACUACUUCCAAGCCAUGGAGAGUGAGCGGCAGGAGGCCCGCACGAUGCAUUCGAGGUUCCCGGAUCCCCUCAAGUCUGCAGUGCUGAGAGCUGUUCAGUGGCAGGUAAUGGGUCGCCUUGACCACCUAGUUGAAGAGGUGUACCAACGGUUCAAGGAUCGCUUCUACACCAACGAAAGGGUGCUUGUUGAGAUUGAAGGCGAGAAAUUUUCUUCUCGUCUCCUCCAGAUCACCACACCUAAGGCCGCGUCUGCGCCGUCAACCUCGAAAUCAAGCUCAAGUGCUGUAGCGUCUACAUCUACGACUCCGUUGUCGGACGGGCCUCAGCCCUACCACAAGAUUGCGGAGGACCUCAAGAUCCCCGUCAAGGAGGCCAAUGCGAAGGACGACCCCGCGAAGUACGUUUACAAGGUACAGAUCCUCGACCCUCAACAACAGCCGGGAAGCAAGAGCCACGACAAGCAUAAAGGCAAGGACGCUGCGAAGUACAGUGGGAUGGUCAUGGAAGUCAGCUGCGCCAUCAUGAGCCGCGACCGGCUUACAUUCUCGAAGUCCAUCCUACGGCGGUUCAUCCGCGACUGUGUAGACCGUGCUCCAGCAGUCGCUUCCCCUUGGACGGUGAAGCCGCCUAUUGCGCUGCGGUAUGGCGUCAACACUGUCAUGCCCGAGGAGACGCGCCGGGGUGUGGACGCUAUCAAGAAGGGCGAAACGGACAAACGGAAGAAGGUUUGGGAGGAGAAGGAAGGGCCUGCGACAAAGAAACAGAAGAAGAUGACUGCCGCAGCAGAGGAGAAAGCAGCUAAAGUCUUUGCUGCAGCGACGGAGAAGCGCGAGCAGGAAGCCCGUUAUAAAGCCGAGAAAGCUCAGCAGGAGAAGGAAGAGAAGGAUCGGCUCGCUGCCGAGAAAGCGAAGAAGAAACCCAUCCGAUACCCUACCGAGGACCUCGACGUCGUCCUCGGCGACAGAGAGAAGCGAGCGGGUAUGAAGCUCAAACGACCUGUGCCCAGUCAGGUCGCUAUGCCUUUCGGCCAUGAUUCCGCCACUAAUGAUUCAUUCCUUAUGGCCUGGAACUUCUUGGUUGUCUAUGGGCAACCACUACACCUAUCAUCUUUCACCAUGGAUGAGUUCGAGGCGGCUCUCCGCCAUACAGCCGUGGAACCGAGAUGUUCGCUGCUCGCAGAGAUACAUGCUACGCUCAUAUACAACCUGCGAACAGUCCCAUUCCAACGGCAUAGCGCAGUCUUGUCCUUGCUCGAAGGGAAAGACGAGGCCGGUGGUAACGAUGACUUGCUCCUGGGUGUGUCAAUCGAUCAGUUGACCACCGCCAUGGCGGAUGUUGGCAACAACUGGGAGCGCGCUCCGCUCCGGCAUUCAGAAGGUCGGGACGGCUGGGAGGAGUCACUUGUUGGAUGCCUAAAAGACCACGCGCACUACGAGAACUUCCCUGGCUUGCGAGAAAUUCUCACUAAGCUGUUGUUUGCUCCGGAGCCUGCUACCGAAGCGUCUACGUCGUCCAAUUCAUCCCCGUCGUCGAGUCCAGCACCGCUCGCUCUCGCUGUGUCGUCUCAGCCGAGUCUCCGGUACUACUCCCUCUCUGCCGCAGAAAGGGUAACCAUCCUGGCCUUCAUGUGCAAUUUGGCAGUCUCAAGCAAGGCCAUCCAUGUCCACAUGGAGCAGUGCGAGGAGCAGCUGACCGCCCUGCGCAAGGAGAAGAUCGAGGUGAACAGGACUAAGAAGCAAUACUUGGAGGAGAUAGGCGCAUUAGGCGACAUUAAGGCUGCUGAGGCCUCUCUCAAUAGCAACGCUGCUGACCAGGAUAUCAAGAUGCAAGACUCCUCUGAUCUGUCCGAUCUGCCCGGCUCUGACGAAGAAACGGAGCGGCGCCAGAAGGACACGCGGCGGACCGCGGCGAAGGAGCGCGAGCUUGCCCGUGCGAAGGCCGCGUCGACGAAGCAGGCUAUCGCAGAGCAUCGCCGACUCGACGAAGAGGUCAACAAGCUCGAGCGGCGCCUGGAAGGCAUCGAGCGCGAGUUCAGAAAGCUCUUGGGCUCCGUGCGGGUCAAGCCACUGGGGAAGGACCGGUUCUACAACCGGAUAUGGUGGUUCGACGGGAUGGGCGCGGCGUCGCUGGUGGGCAGUGGAGGCACGAUACAGUAUGGCACUGGACGUGUCUUCGUGCAGGGCCCGAGCCAGUUUGAUAUCGACAUCUUGCAGCGGAGGGAUGGCGACAUCACUGCACGGCGGAAGAUGGAGGAGGGCGAGGAGGGGAUGCUAGGAGUGGGCGAGUGGGCGGUGUUCAAUGACCUAGAAGAGUUGGACGAGUUUAUAGCAUGGUUGAAUCCCAAAGGCGUUCGUGAGCUGGCCCUCAAGAACGCCUUCUCGAAAUGGUGGUCGCAUCUCGCACCCGGCAUGCGCCGUCGCAGUGCAGAUCUGGCUGCCAAGGUUGUCCAGCCCGAGGCACGGCGCAGCAUGCGCACAAAACAUGCAGGCGAUAUCUCACGCGAGCCGUAUAUGCAGUGGACCAACAAGAAGGCCGUCAACGCAUCUUGAACGGUGCACCCGAUCCGUCUUAUAUUAUCUACACCAUGUUUCCUCUCUGACGAGCACACGGCUUUAGUGUUCACUGCAUGACAUGUCACGAGUAUUGUUUGGAAUAGAUUUCAAUGUAAUAGUUGCGCAAUGCGUAUGUACUGUACGCGCUUGAUCACGCGUAUGUCACGGGGGCGCGUCAGACCACUGGCGUGUCUCGUAGUCCGAGUC